CUACUAAAACACAGGGUAAGAGGUUGUGAAAGGCUAAACUUGAAUGAGUUCAGUUGAGUUAGUUGCUUACGUACAAGAGUAUUAUUUUAAUAUAUGUGGGUGACAUACGGAUAAAUUACAUUAAUAAUAAAAAUGUCUUAUAUAGUUACAACUUUAUUCAUAACAGUGCUAUGUUUUACCUUCAUAAACACGGACACACCAUUGAAGUUUUACCAAGAAAAGGAUUUCCAUGAAGCUCAAGAACUAACAGAUGAAAACAUCAAAGAUAUAGCCCAAUUGUCUGAUAGACAACAGUUUAAGAAGGUUCUAGAUGAAAUUCUAAUACCGAGAGUAGUUGGUACUCCUAACCAUGAAAAAGUUGGUAAUUACAUAGCCAACGAGAUGAGAGGCCUAGGUUGGGAUGUCACUGAAGAUGUGUUCCCCGAUAAGACCCCCGUUUUCGGGACAUUAAAUUUCAAGAACAUCAUCGCCAAAUUAAAUCCUAAUGCCGACAGGUAUUUGGUAUUGGCCUGCCAUUACGACAGCAAGUAUACAAGAGAACAUGUUUUUGUCGGGGCGACUGAUUCUGCCGUGCCUUGUGCUAUGAUGAUCAAUCUUGCUGCGGUUAUGUCGAAGCAGUUGGAUAAGUUGAAGAGUUCAUCACCAAGUCUUAUGUUUAUAUUCUUCGACGGUGAAGAGGCGUUCAGGCAAUGGGGCCCCAAAGACUCUAUUUAUGGUGCCAGGCAUUUAGCCAAGAUGUGGCACGGGACUCCGUACAAGGAUGGUGCUAACCAUUUGCAAAGAAUGGAUGUAUUAGUUCUUUUGGAUCUUCUCGGCUGUCCCGAUCCAGUAUUCUACAGCUACUUCAAGUCCACUGAAAAAUGGUACUUACGAAUGGCAGCCGCUGAACAACGGUUAGCGGAACUCGGGCAGAUGUCGGUGUAUUCGCAGGGCAAAGCUGAACAAACCUACUUCAGGCUCUCUAGCUCGAACGCAGUCAUCGAGGACGACCAUAUACCGUUUAUGAGGAGAGACGUGGAUAUUCUUCACAUAAUCCCGAAUCCGUUCCCACAAAUAUGGCACACGGCCCACGACGAUAUGACAGCGCUGGAUUUCAAUACCAUAGACAACCUUAACAAGAUCUUCCGAGUGUUUGUGUCUGAAUAUCUUCACUUAACACCCUAGCGGCGGUGGAGAUUCGAGAUGGCCGCAAUCGUCCUAAACACAAUGGAUUUUUAACGAGAAUGUCUUGACGCUUCGUAUUCGUGCAAAAUUAUUUAUAAACUAUUACAAAAAUGAUGAUGAAAUAUCUAUUAUUGUUAAGACCAUAAACAAUUAUGAUGACGGUAAGUAAAGACAGAGGCGCUGGCGCUCGAAAGGAAAGGAGUUUUAAUUAAAAAAAAAAAACAAUCGAAUGAAUAAAGAUAUUCUUAUACUAUUAUUGAAUGUUUAUAUUUUGCUUAUAUUUAAUUAUUUUGAAAUCAUGAUUUAUCAAAACUCAUUCUCAAACGAAUUUGUUAAAAAUAUUAUACCAUGUAAAUAACUAAAUAGCUAUAUAAAGGAUAUAAGGCGCUAAAAUAGAUGGUUGUAAAAUUUAACCAUGUGCAUAUUAGGCCUAUGACUAAACAAGGAAAGAUCAUUUAAAAUAUUUGCAUAUUUAACUAAUUAAGCUGUGUAUUUCCAAUCAGGCUAUAUUUAAAUUAAAAUGUAUUUAUUCAUAAUAAUUAACGCCUGUGUUAAAUAUAUUUGUAUUGGCUUCACUAGGGCAAACAAUUCUAUCGUACUUUGGUGAAAAAUAUCGUACAAUAGUAUCAAUAUUAGCGUAAUAUUUCCUUGUUACAUCAUCCAGUGAUAUUUUCAACAUUUUUGGUAAUAAUAAUAUGUAAAUAUAUAUCUAUAAUUAUUUAUUAUAAGUAAUCUUACGACAUACAUAUAUUACUAAACAAUCUUACAUCUUAAAUAGAAUGUUGACAUGAAAUUAUCGUAAUUGUACGACGGUUUCCAACAUAGUGUAUGAUCGUUCUUGUAACAGACCUAAAGAUGGAAAAUUUGACCAAACAUAGGACAUUUGUUAUGGUUUUAAAAUGUACUAGCAAUUGAUCGAUAUUUAGGCUUAAUCAAAUGAAUAAAUAUUCGUUGUGUUUUUAUUUAAACUUGAAAGCAUAGUGAUUUUUUUAAAUUCCUUAUGAAAUUAAUAUGUUUUACAUAAUUCGCAUUAUUAAAGAAAUUUAUUUGACGCUGUUUUGAAAACAACUUUGUUCCUACUGAUGGUUAUUCAUUACAAUAUUAUGUUUUAAUUUAAUUUUAUAUAUACUGACGACUUUUAAUUGUCAUAAAUAUAUUAUAAUUUUACUAAAUGGUAGGAUUACAAUUUAGUAAAAUGUUGAAGAAAUAAAUAAAUAUGGCAAUGAAAUAUGUAUAUAAAUAAUAUAUACCCAUAUGUAAUUAUAAGUUAAUAUGUAUAUAUUAAGCUCAAAGAAAGUAGCUCGUUGUGUGAUAAGAAAAAUUCACCAGACGAGGCGUUUUAAGUUAUAUCGUACUUAAAUAAAAAUAAUUUGGAAGUAUAAAAACAAGACUGCCCCGCGACAUGGAUUUGUUUCAAUGAAAGUAUUCAAUUCAAUGAUCGAAACUUACAAACAUACGUGCAUUCCAAGAACCGUGAAAGUUUUUAUUUCCCCUAUCUCCUUAUUUGAGCAGUCGUGUAAAAAAUCUCUAUAAAACCUCAUUUCAACUAUUUUUUUUUUGUAAAGGUCGAUAUUACUCAUUAUUUUCCUUCACAUUGUUUAUCUCUUCUGAAAUAAAUAGUUAAAUCUAAAUCGUAACACUCGCAGCGCUGUGCCUUUAUAUAAAAUAGCUUAUAAUUAUGCCUUUAUUAAACUUUCCUUAUUAGCGAUAAGUAUUAAUUUUGUUUAUCAAUAUAUCAAACGUUAUCUCUAUGAUUGCAUUAUUUUAUGAUAUUUUAUUAUUCAGUUUCGAGUGUUUUAAAAUAAUGAUUCAAGUAUAACGUUCGUUCAAAAAAAAAAAAUAACGUUCAUAAUAUUUAUGUAUAAAAAACUACUGACUCGAACAUAAUAAAAAAAAACUGAAAUCAUCCGCUCAAAGGUUUUUGACAGCUAUUUCAAUGACGGAAAUAUGUGUCUCGUUUGUUUUAUAAAUAAUGCAUUGUUUGUCCGAGUCGAGUUAUUGUUUAUGAUAAACAUAAACUACUUAAGAAAGUAAACACGAAUACAAGACAGCGAAUUGGUGUAAUCUACCAUAGAUAAAGUGUUAUAGUCAACAUCAUUAUAAUUAAUAUAAUUACAAUUCAUACAUAAAACUAUUAUUAUUAGAUAUUAAUUCUGCUAAAUAUAUUUCCUAAUUUUCAUAUCUGGAAAUACUGAUAAUUCUAAUGUGAAUAACCUUAUUAAUUUAAGUAAUUAAAUAAAUCUUUUAAAUAGUUCAAACUUCAUUCCUUCUUGCUUUUAACUUUUAACACAGUCGUUGUUUAUACUCAUAUAGAAACAAGUAAAUUAAUUGAUAUAUCGUAUUAACUAAUAUACUCACUUAAAUAUACUCACAAAAGUCAUCCUGUCAGUCAGUUGUAAAUUUAAGAAUUACGUAAAAAAAAAAAAAAAUUCUGAGCCCUGGUAAAACUACAAUAUCAAAACUUUUUCUUAUCAGAUUAGAAACAAUAAACAGAUUAUGGUUGUUUGCCGAA